AUGGCGCAAGAAUUAAAGGAAUUAUGUAAUUUAAUAUUUCCUGAUUCAGCCUCAGAAAAUGCCGACUACUUCGCUGAUAUAUCGGAUUAUAUUAGAAAAACAGGGUCAAAUAGUUGGGAGCAAAUUUCAAAGGAGCCAGAGAGACUGAAUGAUGAAAUGAAGCAUUUGACUGAACAGACACAGGAACUGGCUUUUACCAAUUACAAAACUUUUGUAGAAACAGCUGAGAUAUCCAGAACCAUUAUGAAACAUCUUGGCAAGUCUAAGGACUCUAUUGCUAAUUUCCUUGAAAUAACACCAGAUUUUGUGAAGGAAUGUGAGAAGUUUUCACAAGUUGCCUCAGAUAUCAUACAAGACAAAAAGCAAUACAGCAACAUAAGAAAUGAGAGUGAUAAGCUACUUGAAUUACUAGAGUUACCGUCUUUGAUGAGGGAAGCACUAAAUUCUGAAGAUUAUGAAAGUGCUUUGGAUAUAUUUACCUUUGUUCGUAAUUUGUCCAAAAGAUAUUCAAAUAUACCAAUUGUGCAGAACACAACCUCUGAAAUUAUGACCUUGUGGUAUGAAACCUUAUACCACUUAUUCAACCAGCUUCAUUAUGACUUACCUUUACCACAGUGCUUGCAAAUUUUGGGAUAUUUACGUAGAGCAAACAUAGUAUUCAAAUCAACUGAAGAAGACCACAAUUAUAUGGGAAGCAAAAAUGCUUCAUCAGAUGGAUUACAUUUACAUUUUUUAAAGGCAAGAAAUGCUUGGUUUGAAAAAGCUCUUGAAGAUGCAAAAACAACUGAAUCUCCUGAUAGGUUAUUGAGGAGGAUAGUUGAAUUACACAGGAUACACCUGUUUAAUGUUUUAACACAACACAAAUCAAUAUUCUUAUCCGAUUCACAAGAGUCCAAAGUCAGAGAUGAUGAAAUAAGUGGAACAAGUGCUUUGUCUUCUUGGUUAAAACAAAAGGUGGAAGAACUAGCCAGGACACUAGACCAAAAUAUCUAUAAAGAGGAUGAAUCGAGUUUUGAAUCGCUUUUAAACCAGUGCAUGUACUUGUGUUUGUCAUUUGGCAGAGUUGGGGCUGACUUAAGAUGUGUAUUGACACCUUUAUUUAGAAACAAUGUUCUGGCUCAAUUCAACAAUGGCUUAGAAAAAGCAGAUAAUCAGUUUGAGCAUUAUAUGAAGUCAUACAAAGUUUCGAGUAUUAAAAACAUCCCCAGGCCGAUAAAUGAAAGUAUGCCAUCGGGGCCACCAGAAAUAUUAUUGGAUUACUAUCCAUUAGCUGAAUAUUGUAAUGGUCUAUUGAAUGUCCUCAAUUCAAUACGAGUCACUGCACCACUAAAUAUUGUUAAAAACGUUUAUAACAGUUUCAUAAAAUCUUUGGAAAAAGCGGUCCAAAUCAUGGUAGCAUUUUAUCACAGAGAGCAACAAGCAUUCACUGACAUAGAGAGGCAAAAUUAUGUAUCGUUUUGUGUCUGUUUCACAGAUGACUUGGUUCCUUAUAUGUCCAAAUGCUUGUCUUUAUCAUUUCCUCUGAUGCAAAUAGCUGAAUGUUUGGGGAUAACACUCACUGUUCUGCAGGAGAGUAAAAUUUUGCAUAUAGAUCAACAUGCAAUAUGUCAACCGUUACACAGUAUUACAGGUGUAGAAAUAUAG